AUGACGCUGAUCUAUUCAACAAAUGUAACAUUCAAACGAGAGGACUUUCUGGUUUUUGAGCAUGUUCGAGAAAUUACUGGAUCCCUUCUUGUUUUUGAAGUCAGUGGCCUCAAGUCAUUAUCGUGGAUUCUUCCCAACCUACGCGUUAUCGGCGGAAAAAGUUUGGUUCAACAUUACUCUCUUGUGAUCUACAGAAACAAGGAUCUUGAAGAUCUCGGUUUGAACAAUUUAAAGGUGAUCCGUAACGGCGGUGUGAGAAUUUCCGACAACAAGCGUCUCUGUUUCGCGAGAAGCAUCGACUGGAAAGGUAUGAUCAUGUCGCAUGUAAAUGAUGUUGUUGUCGACGAUGCGGCCGAUUUAAGUAUCACGGAAACCGGAACAAUUUGUCCGAUGGGCCAAUGCGAAGUUGAUAUCGGACAAUCGAAGUGUCAAUACAAAGGCGAUUCAAGUGGAAGUGUGCAAUCGUGCUGGAAUGCAACUUAUUGUCACAAGCUUUGCGAAUUCGAUAAAAUUGGCAAUCAGAUUGGGCCCGGAUGUGAUCCCGCUGGAAAAAAAUGCGACGAUGAGUGUUUGGGCGGAUGCGAUAAAGCCAAUGAUCCGCGCUCGUGUCACGCUUGCCGAAAUUUCCACUAUCAAGGACGAUGUAUUUCAAAGUGCGCUGACAAUCUUUAUGCGUUUCUCGAUCGUCGUUGCAUUACCAAGGAGAAAUGUUUGAGCAUGACGCCUUCUGGAAAGAACAAUCGCGGAAUCAAGGCGAUCAAUGGAGUUUGUUCGCAGAAUUGCCCAGAAGGCUAUGAAGAGGAUCCGAACAACCCGAACGAAUGUUUGAAGUGCAAAGCGGAGUGUCAAGUGAUUUGUCCGGGAAACGUCACAGUCGACGAUUUGACUAAGGCGUUGAAACUUAAAGGAUGUCACAUCAUCGAUGGCUCACUGACGAUUGAAGUUCGAGGCGACUCCAAUUCUGGAAUGGCCAAAGAAAUUGCCGAAUCAUUUAAAAAGAUUCACACGAUUCGCGGUUUCUUGAAUAUCUACCGCUCGGCGACAUUCGUCAAUUUGUACAUGUUCAAGAAUUUGAAGACGAUUCAAGGAAAUUUUCUCCAUAAGGGAAAAUACUCUCUGCUGAUUUCGGAAAAUGCGAAUUUGAAGAAACUUUUUGAUCCAUCGGUGACUUUCACCGUUGAAAGGGGACACAUUCAGUUUCAUAAUAAUCGAAUGUUAUGCUUCCACCUUAUUCGGCAGUUUAUGGAGAUGCUUGGGCGUGAAACAGAAAUGCAGGAUGUAGAUCAAAGUGUGAGCAGUAAUGGAGACAAGGCGAUUUGUGAGGACUCAUCUUUCGAAGUCAAAGUUGUCGGGGUUGGCAACCAUUACAUUAAUCUGGAAUGGCCGGCGUUCAAUACGACUGACAUCGAUCAUCGCAAAUUUCUCGGCUAUGAAGUGUAUUACAAGGAAGUCGAUCGCGUCGACUACAAUAUGUCAAUUGAUGACAAUCGCAGCGCCUGCUUUGAUUCAUGGCACAGCAUUUUUGUCGAAGUUCGCGAAGACGCUGAAGCUGCCAAAGCAGAGACGGUGAAUGCGACAAUAAGCAAUGAACACAUCAAACCAUUCACCAUUUACGCGUUUUACGUGUCCACCCAAAUGGUUCACCAUAUUGGUGCAAGAAACGCCAUUUCGAAAAUCGGGUUCACGACGACUUCAUUCGCUGUCCCUGAAGCGCCAAUGGUGACUGUUCGAAGAGUUACAACCGAUGAGAUUGAAUUAAGCUGGGAACCUCCACACAAACCAAAUGGAAUUAUCACCCAUUAUAUUGUUAGCUGGAGAGAAAUCGAUUUGGAAAUGCAUUCUGCUUCGAAACAUUUUUGCAACAUUGACCCACAAUUAAAUACCAAACGACCUGGUGUGAUUUCGAAUGAAGAUAUUGAUCAAAAAGUCACCUCAACGACGAAAGCACCAUCGAUAACCUCCUUUAUAGGCAAAGAGUCUGAGAAAAACACUUGUUCGUCGAUUGCUGGAUGCUGUGAAUGCCCGAAGUCCAUUAAUGUUGAGCAAACUGAAGAAGGCGCCGAAUUUGAGAAUAAUCUUCAUGAUACUAUAUUUGUUCAAAGCUGCGAUUUUGACUAUUCGGCGGAACGAUGUGUUGAAUGGGUUCCCGAGAAAGAGGAGAUCACCGAAGAUGUAACAAAGCGUCGACGUCGGGACAAUCGCCUCCGACGUGUCAUGGAUGCAUGGGAAAAGAAAAGGCGCGAAAUCUACAAGGCGAAUCAUACAAUUCGCAACACGCUCAAUGAUUACGAGGCUUAUACGGCGGUGCUCAUAAAAUUGCGCCGUCGACGUUCUAUUGAGUCACCGAAGACCGAUGAAACUGAUGAUGAUGGAAAGCCAAAGAACAGAAUUAUUGUUGGUAAAAAAGCAGAAAAUGCAUCGGAGGAUUCGAAAAUGCCUCUGGUGAACGCAGAAUCUGAAAAGCUGAUAGCUGAUAGAUUGAUGACUCGAAAGGUUGAGGCCAGAGAUGGCACUAACGCAUUUACAAUCAUUAAUCUAAGACAUUAUCAUUUAUACGCGAUAUCUGUGAUCGCGUGUCAAGAUCCAAAUGUGGAAGGAAGUCAUUGCUCAAAGGCCGAAAAAGUUGCCGCUUUGAAGGUUCGAACGAACCCAUUGCCGGAUGUCGAUCUUGUUCCAAAAGAGAGCAUUCAAUUCGACUACAUGAACACAACUUCUGCUGUUCGUGUGACCUGGAUGGCUCCGAACAAUUCGAACGGCGGAAUUUUUGGAUAUUACAUUAAAAUGAUUAACACUGCUGGCGCAGCGCCUCAUCAAAUUUGUCAUCCUUCGGUUCUUGGUAAUUGGACGCCCCAUGAUGAUGGAAUUAUUUUCCGGAAUCUCGCUGAUGGAUCUUACAAGGUUGAAAUUAUUACGGUAUCGGAGCUGAAAGUGGUUGCUGAAGGAACAAUCUCGGACAAUGUUGUUAAAAUAUACACUCCAGGAUUUUGGACAUAUGAUCGCAUCAGCUAUGCUGUCGGAUUGUUCCUCAUUAUACUCUUAAUAAUCGGUGCUAUACUUUUCCGAGUAAUCAAGAAGCACUAUGGACAGAAAGUAAAAAGAUUGGCGGAUUUCAUGUCUUCAAAUCCAGAAUAUCUCAUCGAACAAGUCUACAAAGAGGACGAAUGGGAAUUGGCAAGGGAUAAUCUUGAGAUUCUCGAAGAAAUUGGUAGCGGUUCAUUUGGAAAGGUGUACCGAGGAAUGGGUAAAGAUGUCCAAUCGGUGUCGGGCGUUGUGUUUGGCGAAUGUGCCAUCAAAACGGUGCAAGAUGGCACCGAUAAUGCGCAACGCGUUCAUUUCCUUCUUGAAGCGAAUGUGAUGAAAACGUUCAACGCACCAUUCAUUGUCAAGCUUUAUGGAGUCGUUUCCUCAUCGCAGCCUACCCUUUGUGUUAUGGAAUUUAUGGCAUUGGGUAAUCUCAGAGAUCAUCUUCGGUCACGUCGUCCCGAUGAGCCGGGAACCAGCACCAAAUACCCAGAGCCGUCGCCGGAACAGUAUUGCGAAUGGGCGGCUCAAAUUGCCGAUGGAAUGGCAUAUCUAGAGUCGAUCAAAUUCUGUCAUAGAGAUUUGGCAGCGAGAAAUUGCAUGGUUCAUGCUGAUACUACUGUGAAAAUCGGUGACUUUGGAAUGGCGCGAGAUCUCUACUACACCGAUUAUUAUAAGCCGACUGGAAAACGUUUGAUGCCAGUUCGCUGGAUGGCCCCAGAAUCGCUGAAAGACGGCAAAUUCGACUCGAAAUCUGACUGCUGGUCGUAUGGAAUUGUGUUGUACGAAAUGUUGACGCUCGGUCAACAACCAUACCAGGGUCUCGCCAACGAUGAAGUCCUUAAUUAUAUUGGCAUGAACAAGAAGAUUCUCGAACGACCACGAGAAUGCCCAUCGUACUGGUAUCGUAUGAUGAAAAUGUGCUGGAAGUACAAACCGAUAGAAAGGCCGACAUUUGCCGCGAUUGUGCAUAUGCUGGCGCCGUUGACCAGCGAGACAUUCCGACAGAAAUCAUUCGUCUUGAAUAAUAGCAAUUACAAGGAUGAGGCAGACGCACGCCUCGCGUUUGAUGUUGAAGAUUCGGGAUCGGAAAGUCGCGGCCGGACUAAUUCGUUCCAGAUGCAGGAAAUGUUUUCGAUGGAGCGAUGCAGCAGCAGUCAAUCGGUGAAAAAAGAUUCGCGCAAAAACUCGUUGAACGGAAAUAGAUCGAAUGAUUCUCGGCAUUAUAGUUUUGAUAGAGGAAGUGGAUACCAGGCAGUACAGUCGAGUUCGGUGCCUGACACUGAUAACGAUGAAGGGGAUUAUGUGGAGAAAGAAUGCAAUUAUGACGAUGAUUACAUUCGGGGCACAUUUCCACAUUCAAUUUCUGGAUUAUCGGCGCGAAACAUCGAGAACGAUGAAACAUAUUGCAUGUCAAAUCGUAACGGCACCAUGGACAUCCCAUCGUGGGGCGAAGGCGAACGUCUCAAUCAGCGAAACGGAGGCCAUGCGUACACAAAAACCGCGUAA